CGCGUUGUCUAGGCAACGUCCAAACAGUCUCCGGGCCAAAAUGGACACAUGGCCACUGGAACCGGAGGAGAGCGACGAAACGGACCCGGCCGACCUCAGUACACCGGCGUUCUUUAAGCGCGCAGAAUUCGAUUCCUUAAGAGUGCAAGAGGAACAGCGCGCGGUCCAAGAAGAGUGGGAAAAAGUAACGAAUGUUGUCGGUAUAGGGACUGUGACAUUUUGUUCGCGUAUUAUCACGUAUGAAGAAGCGCUUUGCCACUUCAAGGAGAGAGACCUGAGUUCCGUCAUGUCUGCCAUCAGGCCUGUGAUCCAGCGGAGAGGGAUCAAACUGAUUUUGCACUGCCUUUUCGGUCCGCCGCGCUUGAAGUUGGGGCUAGUGCCGGCCAGAGACUUCACUUUCGCCUUGGCCCAGUGUCCAUUCGAUAACGAGAACACGCUGCAUUUGGAGAUUCUGCAGACAAUCUACAGGAAACUCACGAACACUGUAUAUGACUGCCCGAGGUACGGCAGUCAUUGGGAGAGAAUCGGGUUCCAAGGAAACGACCCAGCCACUGACUUGAGGGGCGUCGGUCUACUUGGUAUACUGCACCUUCUCUUCUUGACUACAGGCUUUGGGAACAUAGAACUCGUUAACGACAUUUACAGCCUUUCGCGCGAUCGAGAACAGAACUUCCCGUUUGCUCUGAUGAGCCUCAACAUCACAAAGGUGUCCAUAGAGGCCCUCAGGGAGGAGGUACUGAACAGGUGCUGUAACGAAAGAAAUGACGUCAUGGAUGUUGUGAAUGAGUUUUACGCUGGCACAUUUUUGCUGCUCUACCUGUCUUGGAGGAACAAAAAGCUGACGAUUAAAGAUUCCGGAUUCAUUUUGAAAGAGACAUCGUUUUUCGCAAAGAAGAAGCCCGGAUACGUGCUUCAGAAUUUGAGGGAGUACCAGGAAGAGCAGAGUUCUUUGACGACUUCGCAGGUGUUCACGAAUUUGGCGGCGAUUGAAGCUCAGUGAGGCAACCGCAGAGCUACCAAUUAGCGCUUACGAUGGCGACCGUGCAGCUUGGUAUAACCGCGGGCGCCACAUAUGCGCUGCAUAAGGACCCGUGUGUGAGAAAUGGUGUGGCCCAAACAUGAAAGGGCAGUGUGAGUAUACUGUAAAAAAAAAAAAAAGAAAAAGAAA